AUGGCACCAAAGCUGAACUCAAAUCCGGCCACAGCAACGUUACUACAAACACAUAGUCUCACAUCACUGAAUUUGCACACUGAACAGAACCAAGUCGAGACGACAGGCUUGAAAAACAACACACGCAUCGAACCCCAAAACGUACAAAAAAACAAAACGUACGAUCAAUUCACCUUCCAUUACCGGACUUUGGCACCAGGCACCAUCCAAAAACUAUAG